UUCAACUUCAUUUCAUAUCCAAUGGGGAAAAAAACCCUAAUAAUUCGAUCAGUUCUUCAGCCAUGAUCAGAACAACCACAAUAAUGGUGGUGGCUCUUGUGUUUCUAGCCUCCAUUAUGGCGGCCUCAGCCUCUUCGGAACCCUACCUGAUCCAUCCUCUUCGACUGAAAACUCGGUUGGGUUCUUAUGGAGCUUCUCUUCAGGGAAUCAACUGUGCAAGUUGGAGACUUGGGGUCGAAGCUCAUAACAUUAUAGACUGGAAAACUGUACCCAAAGAGUGUGAAGGGUAUAUCGGGAAUUACAUGUUAGGUUUCCAGUACAGACAGGAUUCUAAAGCUGUGGCUCGUGAAGCUUAUUUGUAUGCAAGGAAGCUCAAUCUCACUGGGGAUGGUAAAGACGUUUGGGUCUUUGACAUUGAUGAGACUACGCUCUCUAAUCUUCCUCAUUAUGCUAGACAUGGCUUCGGGGUGGAGCCAUACAAUGCGACGUCGUUUAACAAGUGGGUGGAGGAAAAGAAGGCACCGGCACUUCCAGAGAGCAAGAAACUGUACGGCAAGUUGCAGAAACUGGGCAUCAAGAUCGUAUUCUUAACAGGAAGGCCUGAGUCCCAAAGGAAUGCUACAGCUUACAAUCUUCGGCUUGCCGGCUUUCGUUCCUGGGAGAAAUUGAUUCUCAAAGAUGGGUCGUAUGGAGGGAAAACGGCAGUGGAAUACAAAUCGGCAGAGAGGAAGAAGGUGGAGGAGAGUGGAUACAGAAUUGUAGGGAACAUAGGAGAUCAAUGGAGUGAUCUUCUGGGAACCAAUACCGGCAAACGUACUUUCAAGUUACCCGAUCCCCUCUACUACAUUAGUUGAUCUGACAUGUAUCGUAUCUGUAAUGUGUCUCUGUUAUUUCCAAUCAUCAUGCCAUCAUCUCUACGUACGUUCCGCAAGUUUAAUUAAUGUUUUGUGUCGCUUCACUCUGUCAUUGACCAAAAAUUGAUCAAAUAUUACGGACCAGAUGGGUUCACAAA